AUGACCUCUGACGAUGUAUUGAGUGUUAGUGAUGAGCACAAAUAUAUUAGUACUUUUUGUAGGCAUGUAAUAAAAGAGAAAAGUGGGAACUAUCCUGUUUUAAAGAGAUCAUUGGAUGGUACCAUUGUGUAUCAAGAUGCAGCUGGAGUCACCAGUAAUAGAGGCAACAAGCUUUUGCAGAAGAGUGAACUAGUGAGUAGGGAAGUCAUCAAUAGUUCGAAACCUAUCAAUGAAGACUUCGUGUAUUAUAACGGUUCCGAGCACAAACUUCUACAGAGAAAAAGGAUAAGGUUCACACCUCCAGAGACAGAGUGGGAAAUGGCUGACGAAACGGGGUACGAUGCUGAAAACGUUGACAACAAUGAAGAAGAGUUAUCUCGGCUGGUAGAUGUGAAGAAGGUGCUACUGCCGAUUUCAUCCUUGGCUGAUGUGUCCAAGCGUAGUCCGAUAGCUAGAGUUUUUGAAAAUAACGUGCUGAGAAAUUUGGCUUUGCAGUCUAUUUUGAUGAUUGAAAAGGAGCAAUACUCAGUCAUUAAAUAUUCAAAAUUUCUCGAAGUAUUUUUAGGUGAUAACCCUAAGCCGCUGUAUGAGCCGGAUCUUCAUCUACCAGCUUAUGAUCAUAAUCUAACCCUACCCGAUGAGGAAGACACCAAUGAUGCAGAAGAGAAAGAGAAAGAAACUGCCAAAGACCAGCCAGAUUUACAAAAUGAAGACCCAUUCUUCGCGCUUCCGAAAAUUUCAGCUAGUGAUACCAUGCUCCAACUGUUGCCGGAGAUGGAUUCGGUGCAGGUUUCAGAGGAAGCAGAAACUGCUAGGCAGCUUGCUCAAAUUGCAUUGCAAAGAAAUCAAGAGUAUAUAAGGAACUUGCGAAAAAUAAGAAACGUUUUAGUAAAAGCUAACAGAAUGAAGGAAAGGAUUCAAGCGUGGAGUCGAGAGUACGUUGGUAUGCAGGAAGAUGAUGUCAUAGUACCGAAUGCUUUGAGAGUUGUUAAACGAGGUCUUAUCAGUGCCACUACUAACAGAUCUAUGAGUGGUCGUAAAGUCGAUGCAGGUGAAGAGUUAAAUGAGGAGAAUGAAAUAGACGAUGUGAAUGAAGCAAAUGAAUAG